AUCCUUAACCCCUUGAGUGUUAUCCCGUAACACUUAUACACGUUACAGUAAGGUUCCACACGUUUCCAUGGCUAUAGGGCUGCGUAUCCUUUCAGCCUGCUGCCUGGCACCGCAGCUCACCGGUCAUCUGCCCUGUCACCCACAUCUGUCGAGGCCCAGCGGUUACAUAUAUUGCACCAUGCCGGCGUUAGCGAAAGGGGGCAUCCGCCCGAAGCCCAUUUCCAGUCGCUCACCGGUAUCUACAUAGGCAUUAUGGCGGAUGUUCAAUUGCCGGGUUUUUGCCUGGGGGUUCCAAUUGACCAUCGGCUCGAACCUGUUUUCGCUACCGGACUCAUAACUCCGGAUCCCUUCGCUGCUCCCGGAGGCCAUGCUCGAACAAUUGAGAGUUAUGGUCGCCGUCGUCAAAAAUAUGGCGUAGGUAUUUCCGACAAUGAGGUCAAGUUUGCAAAAUGGCUCGCCAUGCCGGAGACGACGGGCGGUGUCGUGAUUGUCCUUCAGCAGCCAGCAGAGCACCAACGCUAUUUCUCCGAUCAGGGCCAAACAGUGAAGGACUGUGAUACUUUGGACGCUGUUGACGAAGUGUGCAAGGCAGUUACUGGGUGUGGCCUGGAGAAGAUAAGCUGCUUCGAUGCCUUCCCCUUUCACAAGAUCCCUGUGAGCAAAAGUCUGGACAAAUAUGAGGAGGAACUCGACGAAGCAUACGCCAUAUUCCUUCAUAUGAUCCAUCAGAAGCAGCCAGAUGUGGUGUUUUGCUGUUAUCGCAGCCCGCAUCCUACCAAGUACAAGCACUUCCAGCGCAUCGGAAUUGGACGCACUCGCGAUCAUCCAGUCACUGUCCAAGGCCAACGGUACACCUGUGUGAACGGCUUCCAUCCGAGCUAUGCUCUCAACUACCUCGAGGACAAAAGCGCAUUGCGGAGGCUCUUCGUCAUCGAGGCAACGCAAGCAUUACGUCGAGCUAAUGGCACCUGGGAAGAGAAGCCUUGGAUGACCGAUGUGCGGGAAAAUUGUGCCGCCAUAGUCCAGAAAGACAUCGAAGAUAAGCAGGACCACCCAAGUUGGACUAAGCACGACUUUCAACGUGAGCGAUUCCAGUUAUAUAUGGAAUGUAUAACGACGAUUUCGGACUCCCUAAAAUCUGGUGCAUAUGAUGACAUGACCAACGAUGAGCUCUACUACCACUUUUUGGAGAAGCGUUACAAUGUCCUCUUCCCCAACUGUCUGCUGCUCCUCGUGAAAAUAAUCAACUUUGAGGACCGCGGACGCGAUCGUCUGCAGGACAAAGGGUUUACGCGGCUGCGCCAGCGAGAGGAGCGCGAUGUGCGAGAUCUGAGACGGAAUGUGGAGAAGAAAUGCGAUGAGUUCCUGCGCUCUCUCUGCGCAGCUGGAGCACCCUUUCAGGUCGAAAAAGGAGGGAGGGGUCUGUUCACCUCUGCUGGUUUGAACAAAAGCCUUGCCCCUCUUGAACCAUUCACGUGCCAGUCUGGGUUCCAUUACAACGUGCGACUUAGCUUCCUGAAAUUGGUGCACGGCCUUAACGGCGCCUAUACGUACCAGCGCAAAGAUGUCUACAAGAUUGAUAGGGACGAGCUCGCUGAGGCGUUCAGACUUUCUGCUGGCAUCCUUGAAUGGGCUUUGGCACAGCAUGCCGCCAGCACACGGAGACGGGUUUUGGGGGAAGACCUCACGAUCUCAAGCCGGUUCAACUUGCUGACGAUCGAGAGCAGCCCUCAACAGACUAAAUACGCAGCUCGCGCUAGAUUUUCGCAAACAACGCUGCCGGCCUCUUCAUCCGCCUACCUACAGUCCCCGCCGUUCACGCCUUCACGACGUCCUACUGAGGCAACCGCUCCUUGCCUUUCACGGGCUGCUGCGUGGUCGUCUCCCGCCCCUGGAACACGCUUCGGCAUCGUGUCACCCAUUCGUUCGCCCCAAGAUGCCAGUUCUUCCCAGUACCGCUCGGCACGCAAAUGCACUAAGUGCAACCAAACUGGGCACUCUUCCCCCAGCUGUCCAAAGACACAGUGUUACCGAUGUAAGUACCCAAGAACGGAAGACGGCUCUGUGAUGCUGCUUUUCCACUGUACGACUAUCUAAAUUACUGCAGACAAAGAGAGCUAACACUCUGCUAAAACAUUUAGGCGAAAGCUUUGGCCACAUGAGUUUUGAUUGCGUAUACCCCUC